AUGGCUCCUUCAGUCCAGGACAACCGUUCGGCAUCGCCCCAGUCCGAUAAGGGCGCAAAGACCAAGGCGCCGCAGAUCACCACCUCGUCUCCGGCCUUCCCCUUCCCUCUGUCGGCAGACAUUGCCUCCGUGGCCGGAACCUCCAACCUGACGGGCCAGGCGCUGGUGGAGCAGACUGCCUACGCGCUAUCCAAGGCGCUCUUCUCCUACUCGCCCGAGUCGUUUGAUCUCGACCGAGCCGUCAAGACCUGGAACGCCAAGGACCAGACCAACGGCGCAGGCAAGGUCCCUUACUUUGUCGAGCUCGAGUCCCGAGUCGGAGCCGCCGCUAUCCUGCUGGGCUACAUCUACAACCAGACCGGAUCCAACGCCCCCUCCGGAGCCCAGAGCGUGCUGGCCUCCUCAGCUACCCUCAAGCUCAUGGCUCCCGUGCUGGCCACCUACUCCGCUAAGCCCACCGCUUCCUCCCCUCUGGCGUUCAAUAUUGCCGCUGUCGACUACGACCACGACGCCGAGCAGCUGGUGACCGACUACUCCUCCGUGUUCGAGGUUGCCCGAAGCAUCGGACUCGGCCUGGUCUCCUCCACCAAGCCCUCCGAGGCCCAGAAUAUGACCGUUCUCGCUACCCUGCUGUCGAUUGCCAACCCCACCGUCCACGUCUACGACGGCCUGCACUUUCUGCGACAGACCUCCCGAGUCAGUGACAUCAAGGCCACCAAGGCUGUGUACGACCUGUACUCAUCGCUGGUGGACUCUUCCAACGCCUCCGUGGCCGCCGUGCUCGACAACUUCAACGCUGCCGUAGGAACCAGCUACAAGGCGUUUGAGUACGAGGGAGCCGCGGAUGCCAAGCAGGUGUAUGUGGUGUUUGGAUCCGCCGAGGCCGAGGCUGCCCGAGAGAUUCUGCCCAAGUCCGCCGGACUCAUUGUCGUGCGAAUCUACUCCCCCUUCCUUGAGGCCGAGUUCCUCAAGACUCUGCCCAAGACCACCGAGUCCAUCACCGUGGUGGGCCAGGUCCAGAACUCUGUCGCCGUCGAGUCUGCCUACGAGCACUCGCUGCUGUUCGCUGACGUGUCCGGAGCCAUUGCCUUCUCUGCUGACUUUGGCCGAGUCAAGGUCCAUGAGGUCAAGUAUGCCCGGUCUCUGGAGAUUGACGGUCUUUCUCUCGGAGACCUUCUCGGAAUCGAGACCACCCCCAAGCCCCACUACACCUUCUUCAACCUGGACAAUGCUGCCACUGCCAACACCGCAGCUGCCACUGCUCACGUUCUGGCUCUGGACAAGGCUGCCGUCACCUACUACUCCGAGUAUGACAACUACACUGCCGGAGGAGUGGUCAAGACCACCAUCUCGACCGACCGGGCUAUCCCCAAGAGCCUCACCGUUGUCAGCGAUCUGUCCAUUGUGCGAUCUCUCAACGUGACUGCUCCCGAGACCGAUCUGCUGCUGGUCGGCUCUAGCAAGCAGGAGGACCUUGACAAGGCACUGACCGACUCCUUCAAGCUGUCUGUCGCUCUGUCAGGUGCCGCUGUCCACAUUGUUGAUCCUUCUAUUGUCGGAGACAAUGCCGAGACCUCUGGGCGAACCGAGAGCAUGAUUGAGCAGCUUGCCUUCUGGAAGCUCGCCCACCCCGAGCUUUCUCUGGAUCAGAUCACCACAAAGAUUGUCCAGGCUAACGGUGUCGACACCGAGCUGGUUGCUUCCACCGUCGCCAAGCUCGCCGAGACCGUCUACGAAUCUGCCCUCACCGAAAUCAACACUGAGGGAUGGGGAACCGUUGAGGGUGAGACCGAGCUCGAGGUGCCCCCUUACUUCACCGUCAAUGCCUUUGGCCCCGCCAACGUUCGAGGUGAGGACGAGGAGGGCGGAGCUGCUGCUGCCUCUAUUUCCGAGGCUGCCAAGCGAGUCGUGUUCAAGGAGGCCUACGGAACCGAGAACUCUUUGCGACCCGAUAUCUCCACCAAGAACUUUGUGGUAAAGGUGCAGGAGAAACGACGAGUGACUCCCGAGAACUACGACCGAAACAUUUUCCAUGUCGAGUUCGACAUUACCGGCACCGGUCUCAAGUACGAGAUUGGAGAGGCUCUUGGUGUUCACGCUCGAAACAAUGCCGAGCUGGUUGACCAGUUCAUUGAGUCUUACGGCCUGAACCCCAACGAACUUGUUUCUAUCCGAAACUCUGAGGACUCUUCUCUAUCGGAGACUCGAACUGUUCUGCAGAUCUGCCGAGAGCACCUCGAUCUCUUUGGAAAACCCCCCAAGCGAUUCUACGAGGCUCUUGCUCCCUUUGCCACUGACGCCGCUGAGAAGGCUGCUCUGGAGAAGAUUGCCUCUCCUGCUGGUGCCGAGGAGCUCAAGAAGCGAUCUGAGGUUGAUACCGAUUCUUUUGUUGACAUUCUUGCCGAGUUCCCUUCUGCCCGACCCACCAUUGCCGAUCUUGUCCAGAUUGUUGCUCCCCUGAAGCGACGAGAGUAUUCCAUUGCCUCUUCCCAGAAGGUGCACCCCAACGCCGUCCAUCUGCUUAUUGUGGUGGUCGACUGGGUGGACCCCAAGGGCCGAAAGAGAUUCGGACAGGCUUCCAAGUACAUCAACGACCUCAAGGUUGGCGAGGAGCUGGUUGUGUCUGUCAAGCCCUCCGUCAUGAAGCUGCCUCCUCUCACCACUCAGCCCAUCAUCAUGUCUGGUCUGGGUACCGGUCUGGCACCCUUCAAGGCCUUUGUUGAGGAGAAGGCCUGGCAGAGAGAGCAGGGCCACGAAAUUGGAGACGUGUACUUGUAUCUUGGAUCUCGACACAAGAGAGAGGAGUAUCUGUACGGAGAGCUCUGGGAGGCCUAUAAGGAUGCCGGAGUCAUCACCCACAUUGGUGCUGCCUUCUCUCGAGACCAACCCCAGAAGAUUUACAUCCAGGACCGAAUCCGACAGUCCAUGCCCGAUCUGGUUGAUGCCUUUGUCAAGAAGGAGGGAGGUUUCUACCUCUGUGGUCCUACCUGGCCUGUUCCUGAUGUGACCCAGGUUCUUUCCGAGAUCAUUGAGACUGAGGCUGAGGAACGAGGCGAGAAGCUUGACUCGGCUCGAGCCAUUGAGGAGCUCAAGGAUGCCGGACGAUAUGUUCUGGAGGUUUAUUAG